CUAUAGCAAACGCUUUCCUGCCAGUAAUCAGACUGUGCUGAGACUCCUCAGAGAUGCAGCCCUCCUUGAUGCAAACAUGCUCAGGGAAACUGCUCCUGCUUCUGGUAUCCAACCUGCUCCUGUGUGGGAAUGCGAAUGUGACCUCUGCACCCACACGUGACAAAGGGAAUAGACAAUGCAACGUGUCCUUGCAGGAACUGUUUAAGGAAGCGAUCACUGUAUCUGCAAAGAUCAGUAAAAGAGCUUCAGUACUGUUCGCCCAGUUUGAUAGACACUACACCAUGAAACAACAAUUCCAGAACAGGGCCUUCGGCAGGUGCCACACGCACUCCCUCGGUGCUCCUCAAACCAAGAAGGAUGCUGCAGAGCUUCCGACGAAAUUCCUAAUGAAAUUGAUGCCCGCAAUACUGAAUGCCUGGAAGAAACCUCUGUACCAUCUGGUGACUGAACUGUCUGGGAGGCACGGAGCCCCUUCUCAGAUUGUCAAUAUGGUCAGAUACAUUGAGGAAAAAUGUGUAAGACUUCAAGGGGUUGUUGGCCGCAUAAAAAUCAAGCUACGGCUUCAUUACGAAGAAAAAAAAUACCCAGAAUGGUCCGGCCUGGCAGCCUUGCAGUCAGCUGAUACAAAGGAUGCACGCUUCGCCUUUUAUAACUUACUGCAUUGCCUGCGUUCAGAUAUGCAAAAGGUUCAUAAUUAUCUCCACGUAGUGAAGUGUGAAGCGGCCCCCGACCAGUCCUGCAAAUCUCACGGAAGACACUCCAUCUGAAACUCCCGUGAUGCACUGCUCCCAUCAGAGUGCCUUUAAAUGCUUCCCUUCUGAAUGCAUAUUUGGUGGAAUGCAGGCCUUCCUUAAAAAAUAAAAGCAUUUUUUUACAAUUGC